AUGAAUAUUUUUUUCUUCAUCCUUAUUUUCAUAAUAAAACAUUUUAGUGAAGCAACUAUUCAAGAUUUAUCUGGUUCAUAUGAUUUUGAAAAUUGUGCAUGUACUGUUCUAAGAUGUUUAGAAAAAUCUUCUUAUCGAUUUAAUCAAUCUCAAUAUGGAGAUUUUACAAUAUAUUAUAAAUUCAAUAUUGAAGCAGCAUAUGGAAAAACAAUAUCAAUUAAUAAUGGACAACAAACACAAAUAUUUAUGAAAUGGUUACCCGGAAUGGAUUUUGAUACGACUUGUACUGGCACAUGGAUACCAACAAGACGAUUAAUUGAAUUGAAAUGUGGUGAUCAAUAUCGAUAUUGUACGGGACAAUUUAAAUGUCGUAAUAAUAGUGGUCCAUGUGCUAAAAAUAGUUCAACAUCACUCGUUAUUCAAUAUAUCAAUACUUUAUCGAAAAUAAUCAUUUCUCUACUAUUAUUAUUGUUCAUUGAACAAAUUAAUCAUUAA